AACGCGAUUUGCGAUACGCGCGACACGCGAUAUCCAAUAAUCGCAUUGCUAUUCUCUUAUAACUGCACGUUCAUUGGAUAUCGCGCGUCACACAUCGCGUAUUGCGUCGCUUAUCGUGCCGGUGUGCGAAAGCCAUUACUCUACUCCACGUGUCGAAACGUCUCAUUUCCGUAUUGUAUGCUGUUAUAUUAUGCCUUUCUACUUCGUAACAUUGGUUGAUUAUCCAAUUAUUUAUACCGAAUGGUAAAAAAAACCGGUAACCGAUAUUUAUCUUUGAUUCCUCGACGUUAUCGAAUUUACUUACAAAUUUAUAUAAAAAAGCUACUUAUAAUUCCGAUAAUGAUUUUGUAAAUCGCAAUUGAGAGGAAUUGUGGAACUGCAAUCGUUGAUCGUUAUCAGUCGAACCUAUUAGAACGAUGAAUUCAACAGAAGUCCACAAGAAGGAUGUCCUGCAAGCUAUUAUCCUUGCGGAUGAAUUUACAACAACAAAAUUGACUCCCAUGCAAAAUCUAUAUCCAAGUGUUCUGAUGCCUAUAAUAAACAUACCACUCAUCGACUACAUAAUUGAGACUCUGGUGAAGUCGAUGGUUGAAGAAGUGUUUAUUUGCUGUAGCAAUCAUGUAGAAUUGCUCAAGAAUCAUGUAGAAUUACUCCAGAAAUAUACAAAAGAGAAGAACAUUAAUAUCAAUAUCUGUCUGAUUAUCUUCGAUGGAUGCAGAUCUAUUGGAGAUGCCCUGAGAAAUGUCUAUGCAAAAGGUCAUCUCAGAGGAAACUUCAUAUUGAUUCGUGGGAAUACACUCACAAGUACAGAUCUUAAUUAUUUGAUGAACAUACAUCAUCUUAAUAUUGAGCAGGACAAGGGAACAGUUAUGACCAUGAUGCUACGAGAUAUUGGUGUUACAAAAAACACUCCCUUUGAGGAAGAGACAACAUUGGUUGUUUUUAACAAGCUCAAUAAUAAAUUAUUAUAUUAUGAGAAAUUGAAGGAUAAGCAGAAGAAAGUGAAAAUGAAAGUUGACUGGUUCCUAAAUCAUAGUAAAGUACGCCUCUGUACAAAUUUCUUGGAUACACAUGUGUAUAUAUGCUCGCCAUCUGUUUUGUCGCUUUUUGUCGAUAACUUUGACUUCCAGACUAUGGAUGAUUUUAUCCGAGGAGUGUUGAAUGAUGAGUUUUUGAGUUCUAGUAUUUACUGGCAUGAAUUAGACCGAGAAGCAGACUAUGCUGUACCGAUUUCAUCAUGGAAGAUAUAUCAUUCGUUAACUAGAGACAUUUUGCGUAGAUACAGUUAUCCUCUCGUACCAAACAUUUUUCUCUUUUCAACAGACAUUAUUUAUAAUGCACUACAUUUCACAUAUAGACACAAAAGUGCUACUCUUUCUAAAGGUUGCCUUCUGGAGAGAGAGAGUUUUAUUGGGCAAAAUAGUGUGCUAGGAGACAAUACUACAGUUGCAACAUCUAUAAUCAUGGAUAAUUGUACUAUAGGCAGCAAUGUUUAUAUACGUGACAGUUAUAUCUUCCCGAAUGUAAAAAUCGAGGGUAAUUGUAUCAUCACAAGCAGUAUUCUAUUUCCGAAUUGCAUCGUCGGAAGCGACAGUAACAUAAACGUAUGUAUACUGUGUCCUGAGGUCAACGUUGCGGCUAAUAGCGAGUACUUCGAUAUUUUCGUCGAAUCUUCCGAUCAAAUGGAGACCAAACUGUCGGAAUUACAUGGUAAAGACGGUUUUUACUAUUUCAAAAGCAAUAAAAUAAUCGAGGAUUACAGCAGCAGCGAAUCAUCGAGCAGCGAUUCUGACUCGAUUUGUUGUAAUUCGUUGGACGACACAGAUACGUUCCUCUCCGAAGUUAUUGAUAGUUUAUUACGUGGUUAUCAGGAGCGUUUAAAAUGCGAGAAUCUGAUUCUGGAGAUUAAUUCAUCACGAUAUGCUUAUAAUAUAUCGGUCCGCGAGGUAACAUACAAUGUUAUUAAAGCCAUCCUCGGUUUGCCGUCGUAUCUCCCUGAUGUACAGACGACUACUGCACAGAAGUAUCUACAGCAUCUAAAAGCAAUGAUACUUUACUUUAGCAUGAUCAUUCAAAAUUAUGUUAAGAACGAAGAUGCGCAAGAGGAUUGUCUGCGAGCAAUAGAGGAUGUUGCAAGUACAACCGACGCACUAUUAUCGUAUGUGUCAAACCUUUUGCAUGUCUUCUACGAUCGUGACAUAUUAACGGAAGAAAAAAUUUUGGAAUGGUAUAAUUCUGAGAUUGAAGACACGGACAUGCACCGAAAGAACGUCAGGGAGGCAGCUCUGAUCUUUAUUAAAUGGCUACGAGAGGCGGAAGAAGAGGAUUCCUCCGAAAAUGACGAUACAUAAUAAACGUUUUGUGUUACAUCUCAAUAUAAUAUUUACGAUAAAUUUAAUCCAAUUGAAAUAACGUAUUUGGUUUUUAUCUGAUGAAUAUUAUGUUGACGGAGAAAAAUAUCACUGAGUGAUAUAAUUUCGAAAUCGAGAACGUGAUAUAUGUUGAAAUCAUGGACAAGAAUUCCCCAGUGGCCGUUAUCAACCAUCUUCGAUAUACAACGAUAUUGAUAUUAGUACCAGUGGUUAUUGUGCACACAUACCAAUAGUACUUAAAAGGAAUGAUUCUUUAGCAUAAUCAUUGAAAAUUAUGUUAAAAGCGAAGACACGCAAGAUCACUGGAUUAUGUCGCUGCUAUUUUAUAAUUAUUACAAUCGUCAAGACAGUUGUAUGGGAUAGCAGCCCUGGCGCGGCGUUGAAUUUGUAUUCGGACAAAUAAACUAAACCAGAAUAAACUAUUGAAAUUU